UGACAUGUGGUGCUGAGGAGUACUUGAGUAUUUUUUGCUAUUUAUACUGCGCAACAUCGACGUUUACCACAGCUCAAGCGGAUUUUAAAAGCCGUGGGCGUUUGGAAAACUGGAUAUUUGAAAAUCGUUUCCCCACAUCAAUAGAUUAAACGUCCCCAAAGGUUUCAGAUCCAUAUCUGACACCACAUCUCAUAAAUAUUGGAUGGCUUCUGUAAUAUUAAAAAUUGAUGUUUUCAAUUUAAGUUUUCAAAGCGGAGUCGGAGUGUCCGCGCUGAGGGAGGGCGAGAGGAGGUCCAGUCAGACUCUCCCCUACCUGCCGAUCAAACGCGCGCAUCACUCUUUCCUCAGGUGCGCGAGGGGGUCUGACUCCAACGGACCGAUGAUGUUCGCUCUGUAAGGAAAGCCACAUUUCUGCGCCAGUUUGGUGGGUUAUAUUGCACGUGUGACGCCCGAGACGAGUGAGACCCAGAUUUUGGAGUCAUUUGAAGACUUAUCUCAAACUCCCGAGGAGCUGCAAUGGCAUCGAUCGGGGAGUUUGAUCCGUUAAAUAGCAGCGUACCUGCCACCAAAAUAGAGAUCACCGUCUCAUGCAGGAGUUUGCUGGAUGUUGAUACAUUCUCAAGGUCAGCACCAGUGGUUGUGUUGUAUGUUCAAGGAAUUGGUACUAAGGAGUGGAGAGAGUUUGGUCGAACAGAAGUGAUUGACAACACUCUCAACCCGGACUUUGUGAGAAAGUUUGUCUUGGAUUACUUCUUUGAAGAAAAGCAGAACCUUCGGUUUGACGUAUACAAUGUGGACUCCAGAAGCUCAAACAUCUCAAAACACAAGUCCUUCCUCGGCCAGACUUUCUGCACUCUAGGAGAGAUUAUUGGGUCCUCUGGGUCAAGACUCGAGCGGGUGCUUUCGGGCAUUCCUGGGAAGAAAUGCGGGAGCAUUAUCUUCACAGCUGAGGAACUCAGCAAUUGUCGGGACAUUGCAACCAUGCAACUCUGUGCUAACAAGUUAGAUAAGAAGGAUUUCUUUGGGAAGUCUGAUCCCUUCCUGGUGUUCUACCGCAGCAAUGAAGAUGGCACGUUCACUAUCUGUCACAAAACAGAGGUGGUAAAGAAUACUUUGAACCCCGUGUGGCAGCCCUUCACCAUCCCAGUGCGAGCUCUCUGUAAUGGAGACUAUGACAGAACAGUGAAGGUUGAUGUUUAUGACUGGGACCGAGAUGGAAGUCAUGACUUCAUCGGCGAGUUUACGACCAGCUAUAGAGAGCUGUCUCGCGGACAGAGCCAGUUCAAUGUUUAUGAGGUUCUGAAUCCUAAGAAGAAAGGCAGGAAAAAGAAAUACGUCAACUCCGGCACGGUAACACUUUUGUCCUUCAAAGUGGAAUCCGAGUACACAUUUGUGGACUUCAUUCGAGGCGGAACACAGCUCAACUUCACUGUAGCCAUAGACUUCACCGCCUCUAAUGGAAACCCAUCACAGCCGACAUCGCUCCACUACAUGAACCCGUAUCAGCUGAACGCAUACGCCAUGGCCCUUAAAGCCGUGGGGGAAAUCGUCCAGGAUUAUGACAGUGACAAACUCUUUCCUGCCUACGGCUUUGGAGCUAAACUCCCUCCUGAUGGCAAGAUCUCUCAUGCUUUUCCCCUGAACUCGGACUGCGAGAAUGCAAACUGCGUCGGCAUCGAAGGCGUGCUGGAGGCGUACUACGACUGUCUCCGGAAAGUGCAGCUCUACGGCCCCACCAACUUUGCUCCUGUCAUCAACCAGGUGGCACAGUGCGCGUCGGAGGUGACAGAUGGCUCUCAGUACUUCGUGUUGCUGAUCAUCACAGACGGUGUCAUUUCCGACAUGGUACAGACUAGAGAAGCCGUGGUCACCGCAGCGUCUCUGCCCAUGUCAAUCAUAAUUGUGGGAGUCGGCCCUGCUGAAUUCGACGCGAUGGAGGAGUUGGAUGGAGAUGAGGUCAGGGUGUCCUCCAGGGGACGUGUUGCUGAGAGAGACAUAGUCCAGUUUGUGCCGUUCCGAGACUACAUUGACCGAUCCGGGAACCAGGUGCUCAGCAUGGCCCGACUGGCCAAAGAUGUCCUGGCCGAGAUCCCUGACCAGCUGCUGUCGUUCAUGAAGAGCAGAGGCAUUGAACCCAGACCAGCCCUCUCCCCGUCUACCACACCACAGAUAAAUGUCCACCUCUGAUCCUAGAGCAGUAAUUUAUUCUCUCCCUCAAACACAGCUAUAUGUACACGUCUAAAAACCCCCGUCACUGGGAACGCACAUUUUUACUUUCCACAUCGGUUAGCAGUAGCACAUAAUGUAGUUACAAUAAUAAUCAACUGAAAUCAGGAACGCGUUAAUGUAAGUGUGUGACAAGUGUGUUAUACUUUAUAAUCAGCCAGUGAUCAGUCAAAAAACAGCUUGUGCGUGUCUUGGAACAGAAGAUGUGGAAGUAAAAGGGGGUGAAAUUACUGCGAAGAAAUGUCUAGGUCAUAUUUUCUUAAAAUACUCAUACAUUUUUUAUAUUAAAUGCAACACAUAAAUGACAUAAAAUGGUAACACUUUAAAAUAAGGUUCAUUAGUUAACAUUAGUUAACCACAUUAGUUAAUGAAUUAAGAAUGAACAAUACAGCAUUUAUUAAUCUUAACGUUACAGUAAUUUCAGCAUUUACUGAUGCAUUAAUAAAAUCACAAGUGUGUUUGUUAACAUUAGUUAAUGCACUGUAAACUAACAUGAACAACUUGAUUUGAACCACUGUAUUUUUAUUAAUUAACACUGACAAAGAUUAAUAAAUAUUGUAAUAAUUAGUAAGUUUUUGUGUACAUAAUGUGUGUGUGUACUUAGUACAUUUAUUAUGUAUAUAUAAAUACAAACACAUGCAUGUAUAUAUUUAAGAAAAAUAUGUUAUGUUUGCAUAUUAAAUAUAUUUAAAUAUAGUAUAAAUUAAAUAAAUAUAAAUCUUUAGUGCUGUUAAAAUGAUUAAUCGUGAUUACUCGCAUCCAAAAGAAACGUUUUUGUAUAUAAUAUGUGUAUGUACUUUGUGUAUUUAUUAAGUAUAUAUAAAGACACACACAUGCAGUAUAUAUUUAGAAAAUAUUUGCAUGUAUAUAUUUAUAUUCCUAUAAUUUAUAUUUAAUACAUAAACAUAACCUAUUUUUCUUAAAUAUAUACAUGCAUGUAUGUGUAUUUAUAUAUACAUAAUAAAAAUAAACAAUACACACACACAUGUAUUAUCCACACAAACACUUUUAUUUUGGAUGUGAUUAAUUGUUGCCCAGCACUGAAAUAUAUACGUGUAAAUAUUUUCUAAAUAUAUACUGUCUCUGUGUGUAUUUAUGUAUACAUAAUAAAUAUACACAGUACACAUACACAUAUAUUAUGUACACAAAAACUUUUAUUUUGAAUGCAAUUAAUUGUUGCUCAGCACUAAAAUAUUUACAUGUAAAUAUAUAUGUAUAUAUAUAUAUAUGCUGUAUGUGUGAGUAUUUAUGUAUACAUAAAAAAUAUACACAGUACACACACACACACACACACAUAUUAUGUACACAAAAACCUUUUUUAAUUUUUAAUGCAAUUAAUUGUGAUUAAUCAUGAUUAAUUGUUGUCCAGCACUGAAAUAUAUACAUGUAAAUAUUCUAAAUAUAUACUGUAUGUGUGUGUAUUUAUAUAUACAUAAUAAAUAUACACAAUACACAUACAUAUAUUAUGCACACAAAAACUUUUAUUUUGGAUGCAAUUAAUUGCAAUUAAUUGUUGCCUGGCACUAAAAUAUAUACAUGUAAAUAUUUUCUAAAUAUAUACUGUAUGCAUGUGUUUAUAUGUAUACAUCAUAAAUAUACACAGUACACACAUAUAUAUUAUGUAAACAAAAACUUUUAUUUUUGAUACGAUUAAUCGUAAUUAAUCACGGUUAAUUGUUGCCCAGAACUGAAAUAUAUACAUGUAAAUAUUCUAAAUAUAUACUGUGUCUGUGUGUAUUUAUAUAUACAUAAAAAACAUACACAGUACACACACAUAUAUUGUGUCCACAAACACUUUUAUUUUUGUUGCGAUUAAUCAUGAUUAAUCACGAUUAACUGUUGGCCAGCACUGAAACAUGUAAAUAUUUUCUAAAUAUAUACUGUAUGCUUGUGUAUUUAUGUAAACAUAAUAAAUAUACACAGCACACACACAUAUAUUAUGUAAACAAAAACUUUUAUUUUGGAUGCCAUUAAUCACGAUUAAUAAUUUGACAGCAUUGUUAAUUGUUCGUUCAUGUUAGUUAACACAUCAACUAAUGUUAACAAAUGACACAUUGUAAAGUGUUUCCCAUGAAGUAAACAAAUCCCAUAUACAGUAAAUAGAAAUUUUGUGUUUUGAGACUUUUUCUCAUUCUCAAAAUCUAAAAUCUCUCAUUACCCUAAAAAAAAUACUUGUUUACUGAAAUUAUAUAGUACAUUUAUAAAUGCAUUUGUAAAUAGACUAGGAAAAAUGUACUAAAUUAUCAUGAAAAUAAUGUCACAAUGAACAAAAAAUUAAGUAUCCUUAAAACAGACUUCCACUUUGAUCAUUUGAUAAUUAUUAAACAUGUUACAAAACUAUUGUCUCACAUAGAAUUAUUUUAUUUUAGAAUUAUUGAUGUUGUAUAAAAUAAUUAUUUAUAUUACUUAAUGCUUAUAAACUCAAAAAAACCUUUUUUUAAGUUUAAAUGCUGAAAAAAAAAAAAUGUAUGCCCUAAUUAAAUGUUUUUUUUUUUUUAAUUGUUAUAAUUGUGUUUAAUUAAGUAAUAACAGUCUUUUUGGUUAUGGUGUGUUAACAAAUAUGGUACAGUUUAGUAUCCAAUGACUUUCUAAGGCUUUAGACUGCCUUUAAAAUAUUAUAUUAAAUUUUACUCCUUCAUUUUGUGUUGAAAUAUCAUCUGGACAUUUCUUCCUGAAAUUUCCCCAGGAACGCGAGACUCUGUGUUCUCACACCCGGCAGAGACAGACGGAGCGUGUGGUUGCGCAGGCUGUGCUGUACGCUGUAAUACCCAACCACGCAUGCACAGGUCACCUUUAACAUCAUCGUCUUUAUAUUUCACGUAGUUUCUUAGGCCAAGAUAUUUUUUUCAUUUUCUCACUGGCUGAAUUAGUUGCGCCGGCACACUCGAGUGUGUAAAUAUUUGCUAAUUUGUGCCCGAUUUUGAAAGGAGCUAAUAAGUAGCUGCGUGUGGCAGAAAAACAGAUGCCUGUGCGGGAACACCGACGCACCCGGAGUCUUCCGCACACCUCGAGUGGAUGCGGCUAAUUACCUGCAGAAACAGAGGUGCCAAUCAGUGCAAUUCAACCAGAGAGAGGAAGAUUGAGGGAAGAAAUAUCCAGAGUGUAAUCAGCAGAGGUUAAUGGGCACAGGAAGUAGGCAGAGACGUAUGGCGUGACAAAGAUAAAUCAGGUGAUCAGCAGAACGACAGGAAAAGAGGGGGAUUUUUUUCGUUUUUAAUGUAGGGACAAAGGUAGAUUUUACAGGUGAAUCUCAUGGAGAAACGUCUGGGUCAUAUCCAUCCCCAAAUCAAAAAAAGGACCAUUAAGAUAAUGAAAAUUUCUUCCUUACACAUUCUCGUAACUGUAAAGUCAGCAUAAAUUCAGUACACUGAAUGCAAACAUUAUAUACACUUACACUUGCACUUUAAAAAUAUACUUUACAAUUUAAAUUAGGUAUGCACUAUGCUGUAUAUUAGUAGUUAAUCAGUUAAUGUUGGAUAUUUACACUACCAGUCAAUAGUUUUUGAACAGUAAGAUUUUUAAUGUUUUCAUUUUUUUUUAAAGAAGUCUCUUCUGCUCACCAAACCUGCAUUUAUUUGAUCCAAAGUACAGCAAAAACAGUAAAUUAUUACUAUUUAAAAUGACUGUUUUCUAUUUAAAUAUAUAUUUUAAAAUGUAAUUUAUUCCUGUGAUCAAAGCUAAAUUUUCAGCAUCAUUACUCCAGUUUUCAGUGUCACAUGAUCCUUCAGAAAUCAUUCUAAUAUGUUGAUUUGCUGUUCAAGAAACCUUUAUUAUUAUUAUUAUUAUUAUUAUUAUCAUUUUUGUUCAGGAUUCUUUGAUGAAUAGAAAGAUCGUAAGAUCAUCAUUUAUUUGAAAUUAAAAGCUUUAUUAACAAUAUACACUAUACCGUUCAAUAGCUUGGCAUCAGUAUUUUUUAUUAUUAUUUUUUUUUUUUUUGAUUUUACAAAAGAUUUCUAUUUCAGAUAAAUACUGUUCUUCUGAACUUUCUAUUCAUCAAAGAAACCAGAAAAGAAUCUACUCAGCUCAAUAUAAUAAUAAUAAUAACAAUAUUUUUAUAUAUAACAAUAUGUUUUUGAGCAGCAAAUCAGAAUAUUAGAAUGAUUUCUGAAGAAUCAUGUGACUGGAGUAAUGAUGCUACAAAUUCAGCUUUGAAAUCACAGGAAUAAAUUACAUUUUUCAGAAAAGACUUUUUACUGUUGAAAAACUUUUGAUUUGCAGUGUAAUUGCACAUCCUGUUUUUGCAUUUCAAUUACCUUUGGUUUUUCUAAUGCUCAUUUAAAGUUUAAAAACACUAAUUUAAACACUAACCUGUCUGCUAAAUGUCUAAAUAAAUAUCUAUUUUUUAUAUUGUACAUUAUAAUUGUUUAAAAUGUUGUGAUGCCUAAAUUCAAUUGUAGCAUUUGAAAUAGAUUAUUUUUAUUGAGUGUUUUAUUCUGAAUGUAUUUAGACAAAAUAUAGUAUUUUAGUAUCAAUAUUAGUUUAAUUUAUCGGUUAUCUGUCAUUAUAUGAAAAUCAUGUUUAAAUAGUAAAACGUAAUAGUUAACAUCGGUGCAUAGCUAAUUAAACCGGUAGAAAAUAAUGCAAUGCAAAAAAACUAAAUUGUCCUAAAAAUAACAUUUUGAAUUAGGGAUGACACAUGACCUAGACAUUUCUUGACAUUUUUUCGUGAGCUUCACCCUUGCGUACACUGCCAUGUUGCAAAUUUCAUUCCAAAAAUGAUUGUAGACUCAUUGAAUGUUUGCCAAGAUUGGAACAUUCCAGUGGAAUCUUUAAUUUGUCAGUUCUUUCAUUCUGCUGUACAUAAUGAAUAGUGCAAUAACAUUUGACAUGCAUUAUUGCAUCUCACCACAACUUAUGGCUGUAUUUCCAUCACAACCCUUGUUGCUGUAAUCAAAUAUUGCUCAGAUACUUUCAAGUCGAAUACCGUUUUCUCCAUAUUUAUAUAUACAAUAAUCUAUCAGAGAUGUUCUAACUGUUGCUGAACUGUAGAUUUGAAUGAUAUUUGUUUCAUAGUAACAACAGCUAUAGUAAACAGCUGCUUGUGCCAAAGUGCUACCAUGUAAAACAUUCCUGCCAAGGUUGUGUAUCAAUAUGUGAGGCAAAGAUGUUCCUUUUAUAUCUCCUUGUCGUGUUUUUAAUAAAGCAUGAACGUCUUGUGCUGACUUCUGAAGAGUUUACCA